AUGACGGCCUCCGAGCCCAAAAAGACCGUCGCCAUCAUCGGCUCUGGAAUGGCAGGGCUGGUGUCGGCGUACCUGAUCCAGCAAGACCGCAAACGCAGAUAUGAAGUGGAGGUGUUUGAAAUGCAAGAUCAGUUGUCCUUGGACUCUGCCUCGUACACUAUAACUUCACAAGAUCAUCAGACGUAUCGAGUUGAUGUGCCCAUGCGUGCAUUUGAUGAGGGCUUUCAUAACAACCUCAAACUGAUGUAUGAUCAUCUUGGUGUCAAAUACACCUCGCCAAAAUUCAUAUACCCGUUGUCUACCAUUUCCACAGCAGAUGGAAAUAAGCUGCCUCCGCACUUUAUCCACUCAUCUAGCAAUCACCAAGUACCGCCAAUUCGACCUGAAGGUUGCGGUUACGUGGAAUGGAUACUGCGGAUCUUGUAUUUGGCAGUAUGCUACUUCUGGUUUACCGCUUGUUGCUUCCUGGUUGAACCCAGACCAGCCACCUCCGAUGAAGGUGAAUCAUUACGACAAUACCUCGAACGGGUUCGAUUACCACGGCACUUUAUCAACACCUAUUUUUUGCCGUUACUGUCCAGCGUGACAACUUGCUCACAUAGUGAGCUUCUUGAUUUUCCCGCGAUCGACGCUGUAGACUAUGCGAGGAGAACCUAUCGCCAGCCACACUAUACCGUUGUCGGAGGCGUUCAAAACGUCCAGACCAAGAUCUCCAACACCCAGUCUGUAAGGCUCGGCGCAAUUGUUACCCGGGUCGAAAAUGUUGGUUCGAAAGUCCAGGUCACAUGGACCGACUCGAAACGCAAGGAGGUCCAUUCCAGGCAGUUCGAUCACGUCGUAUUGGCGGUCACUCCAAACGUGGUUGGCGCAAUCUACGAACCUCUACGGAAACUCAUGGGCUCAAUCCCUGUGAAUCAGGGAGAGGCGGUAGUUCACCGUGACCGAUCUUCCAUCCCGGAGUGUAGCCAGUUACUGGGAAGGUUCGCUGCAAAAGCCCAGCAAUCUGUGGACCCGACUCAAAUUCUUCACAUCUGCUCCAAUUCCUCGGCAACGGAGGCGAUACAUGAACACCCGUGUUCCGUUCUAGUGACGAGCUUUCCGAUCGCCCCUAUAGACCCCACUAAGGUUAUCCAUCGUGCGCGACUCACCCGCGUUCUACGAACCCCGCAAAGCAGAGCGAUAGUCAACCGGAUAUUCGCGGGGAAUUUCGAACAUGCGUACCAAAAGAAGGAGAAGCUCUGGUCUAACGGUACCGGGAACGUUUGGCUUGCUGGAGCUUGGUGCUGGGACGGAAUGGUCCUGCUCGAGGGAUGCGUCGUUUCCGCCAUGAGGGUUGCCGCAAGCCUAGAUGUCGAAGUUCCAUGGCUAACGGGCCGAUGA